ACCAAACCAAGAGGAGGAGGAGGAAGAUCCCCUUGUUUCUUCCUCCCAGCCUGUCUCUCUCUUUGCGGCUUCACCAGCGAGUGAAGCCGCAUCGGGGGGCGGCGAGGGGAAAAAACCCCUCCUCCGACCUUCGAGCCCCGAAGCCUUCGUCCCGUUCUCCUCCUCCUCCUCCUCCUCUUCACAAGGGGAACCCCAAAAAGAGAAGGAUUCCCCCGAAUCGCCCUUCGAAUUGGUGCUGGACCGUGCAGCUUUCGACCGGGAAUACGCGGCGGCUCUGCUGGGGGAGAGAGCAGCUCUCAGCCAGAUCCCAGAGGAUCAAAUCUGCGACUUCACCACCAAACCACGCGGCGUCUCCAGCAUCUCCAAAAGCCCGGCGUUGUGCCGGCAGAGCUCGGGGACGGCGGCGGCUCUGGAAGAGGUGUCCAAGUGCGUGAGGGAGAUGCACAGCUUCACCAGCGAGCUGCUGAGCUGGGACUGGGUGGAACGCGGCGAUGGGCCUCCGCCGGGUGAUGACAGCUCAGGGGAUUCCGAUGACACGGUGAUUGAGGAUGAUGGGGAGAGAGGUGACAGCGCGGCGUCCCUGCAGCGCCGUGGCGGCGGGUCGGUUGUGCCGACGGAUGCUCCUCGCGGAGGAGGCGGUGGUGUGGAGUCAGAACCAGAAGCGCAGCCAGGCGUUUCAGUGGUUCCGAUGGAAAGCCCUGCCAUAAAUGUGGAGUCAGAAGCACAGCAAAGUGUUUCAGUGGUUCCGAUGGGAAGCCCUGCCAUAAAUGUGGAGUCAGAACCAGAAGCACAGCGAGGCAGCUCUGUGUUUCCAAUGAAAAGCCUUCCCAUAGAGGUGGAAUCAGCAGCAGAAGCACAGCGAGGUGUUUCGGUGGUUCCGAUGGAAAGCCCUGCCAUAGAGAUGGAAUCAGAACCAGAAGCACAGCGAGGCAGCUCUGUGGUUCCAAUGAAAAGCCUUCCCAUAGGUGUGCAGUCAGCAGCAGAACCACAGCCAAGUGUUUCAGUGGUUCCGAUGGAAAGCCCUGCCAUAAAUGUGGAGUCAGAAGCACAGCAAAGUGUUUCAGUGGUUCCGAUGGGAAGCCCUGCCAUAAAUGUGGAGUCAGAACCAGAAGCACAGCGAGGCAGCUCUGUGUUUCCAAUGAAAAGCCUUCCCAUAGAGGUGGAAUCAGCAGCAGAAGCACAGCGAGGUGUUUCGGUGGUUCCGAUGGAAAGCCCUGCCAUAGAGAUGGAAUCAGAACCAGAAGCACAGCGAGGCAGCUCUGUGGUUCCAAUGAAAAGCCUUCCCAUAGGUGUGCAGUCAGCAGCAGAACCACAGCCAAGUGUUUCAGUGGUUCCGAUGGAAAGCCCUGCCAUAAAUGUGGAGUCAGAACCAGAAGCACAGCCAGGCGUUUCAGUGGUUCCGAUGGAAAGCCCUGCCAUAAAUGUGGAGUCAGAAGCACAGCAAAGUGUUUCAGUGGUUCCGAUGGAAAGCCCUGCCGUAGAGGUGGAGUCAGAACCAGAACCACAGCCAGGCGUUUCAGUGGUUCCGAUGAAAAGCCUUCCCAUAGAGGUGGAAUCAGCAGCAGAAGCACAGACACGCGCUUGGGUUGUGCCAAUGGAAACCCCUCCUGAUCAGAAGGGCUUGGGGUCCCCUCAGCCUAAAAGAAACGCCCCCAAAAGUGGGGAGACCCUCAACCACAGCUUCGUUGAGCUCUUAAUGAGCGGCUUUGUUAACGAAGGGAUGGCAUAA